AUGCGUCAAAAUCAACGUGGUUUGAGGCCGGGGAUCGAGUUGUGUAACGACAAAGCCCAACACGCAUUGCAAGCAGAACUGAACAACCUGAAGUCGAGCAUGUUAUCCCUCGAACAUCAAAUGGGUAAGCAAACCAUGACCUUUUUCCUUGCCUCCCAACCAGCUGGUUGUGUCAUUUCCUUCCAAUUUUGGUUGGAACCCCGCGUUGAUCGUUUUUCGCUUGCAGACAAGGCAAAAGAGAGUCGCCGCAAACUGGAUGGGGAGCGUUAUCGGCUGGAGAGGAAGCUGGAGAUCUGCCAGCAGAACGUCGCCGUCGACUACGAAGUGUUGCGUCAGAUUCGGAGCACUUAUCCACAGGAGAUUCAGCUAAGUGGCUUCUUGGUGGGGGAGUUGCCUAAGCCCAUUAUGAAGUAA